AUGCUGGGAGUGGAAGCCAGUGACCUCACGGAGACACAAACAUCUGGCCUUCCUAGUGUUGGGGGUAAGAAAUCUCAGGAAAACUUUGCAGUACAGAGCCAUGUCUCUCCUGCUGCUGUGGCCUCCACCACCAACACAAGGCAUGGGAAGCACUGGCAGGGACUGGCCUCAGGCACCAACAGUGUCACCACCACCCACAUGACUGCAACUCUGCCCCACAUGUAUCAUGGGGACACAAGGAAACCAAAGUACUCAGUCAACACCAAAAACAAGCUUGUCAGAAGGCGUUCCAACAGCGGCAGCUCGAAGACCCUAAGCAAAGCAAAGGCCAGUAAGUCAGAAACUGAUAAACAGAAAAAGUUCCACGUUCUUUCCAAGACCAAGAUUGUUAGGAGAAGACAUCACCUGCACGUCUCCCUUCGAGGUGAGAAGUUCCACCUCACUGCUGGAGGAAAAACACUUCAGCGCGUCAUGCACUCCCCAGCGGCCAAGAGCAGCCUGGCCAGAGUGCACCUUGGCGGUCUCACAUACACCCGUACCCACACCGGCCAUUAUGAGCUGACCAAGACCCACCAGGCACGCGCACGCUUAAGCUCGGCCCGCCAGCGUAGUGUGGUGACCCUCAUGCAGAAGAAGAGGAAAGCUUUGUAUCAGAAAAGAAAUGAAUACUGUGUCUUCUUCAAUCGCUUUGGCCGCUGCACUAAAAAGGACAGGGGGCAGUGUCCCUAUGUUCAUGAUGCCAGCAGAGUAGCCAUUUGUACAAGGUUCCUGAGAGGCCGUUGCCCCGUCAACAACUGUCCCUUCUCCCACACAAUUGACCCAAGCAAGAUGCCGGUGUGUUCUCACUUCCUGCAAGCCGCCUGCUCUCGAGAGGACUGCCCUUACCGCCACGUCAAAGUCAAUCCUUCAGCCCCUGUGUGCCUUGGCUUUGUAAGAGGACACUGUAAGGCUGGAGAAGAAUGUGACAAGCAGCACAUCCUGAUCUGUGAAGAGUUCAAGAAUGGCAAGUGCCCACGAGGUGCAUCCUGUCCCCUGUCUCACCACAAAGGAAGAAAGAGGUCAAGAAAAGUGUCUUUCUCAAGGGACUCUGCCAGACGGACCAGCUUCUCUAUGUAUAGGAAGAGAAGAAGAAGUGAAAGCCUUGAAAUACUUGGAGGACCAGUCAUUAAGAAAAGGGUAGAGAAGAAGAGGAGAGAAGUUGAACCCAAGACUUCCCAACAGAGAUAUUUCCACUUAGUAUCAGCUGAAGACAGUCCGAAUAAGGAUGCUGAUGGUUUAGAAACCUGUCAAUUUAGUGCUGAUGGAGAACAAAAACUGCCUGAAGAGAAAAUGUCUGGUGUCAUGAGAACAUUAAAUUCAGGCUCAGAUAAUCAAGCAACUACAGGAGCAAAAAGUCAAAGGCCUGAAGACAAAGUAGCGGAGACUGGUACAGAUCAUGCAACUGGUUCUGCCGGGAAGUCACUCUUGGAAGAAACAAGAUCAAGGGUAAUGAAAAAGGUUGACCAAAUGAAAAAUUCCCAUAUAGCUUUCAGUCCUGAUGUUCUUCCUGAUGAUACAACAGCCUCAUACGAAAAUGGUAACAAGGAAGGAAUAAGUGAACUGAGGGUCUCCCACCAGUCAUCAACAGCAACCAAGGAGAAGCCCAGCAAAUCUAAUGAUCAGGUGACAGUGAGCAGCAGUGAAGCCUCAACUCAGUCUUGCAGUGAUGCUGAAAAUCUCUCGGACAUUGACCAGCCAAGAGUACAAAGGCCGCCUCUCCCUAAGAGGCUGCCAUCUUACAUCCCCCUCACUCUGGAUGAAGAUUAAGGGGAUUCGUGAUGUACCUGUGAUACAAUUAAUGCCUUUUUGAUGACAAGUACAGUAAGUGUUCAUUUUGUACGUAUUGUAUAUUGAGAUUUAUACUUUCAUAACAUUUCUGGCAGUGUAGGGAAGGGACAAGGACAACAAAAAAUCUCUCUAUGUACUAUUAGAAUUGUGCCAAUUCAAAUAUCUGUUGACACACCUAACCCAACACCACUCAGUCCAGAUUAAUGUUAUGAUGAUGUAGGUGACUGUCCUGAGUGUUGGCAUGUAUACUACUUACAUUUUUUAUGCCUCUGAAAAUGUGUAGAUUCAGAGCUGCUAUUUGAUUUUUAUUUUAAUAUAUAUAUAUAUAUAUAUAUAUAUAUAUAUAUAUAUAUAUAUAUAUAUAUAUAUAUAUAUAUAUAUAUAUAUAUAUAUAUAUAUAUAUAUAUAUAUUUGGCCUUUAGUGCCAGUAGGCUUUCAGGAUGAGGCCUGUUGGUUGGCCCAAGCCUGUUAGUGGUGCAGGCAGGUAUUUUAUAGUGGUGCCAUUUUUGCUUGGCUCAUGCUGCUCUCAAGAACUACACUUGAUCCUCUUUAGAGAGUUUCACUGAAGUCGGGGUUACCAAGUGGUCUUCAGCACAGUAUGUGAACUGACUUUGGCAACUUGGAGAUGACUAAAAAUUGUCAGCUUGUAGUGGUGUGGGGGCUUGACCCCGAGUCAUCCGGGGCACCAGGCCCGCACACUGAGCAUUCAGCCACCGCCUCCUCAGAAAUACACCAGCCUAUUGAAAGAUUGGUAGUGGUUGCUGGUGCAGCCAUGAGCAGCAUAAUGUGGUUCUGAAAGUUAUAUUUUGAUGUAUUUUGACUAACUAGAUUGAUAUAUUGAAUAGGCCGUAGGUUCAAUUUUCGUGUUUGUUUUAGAGCUGAAUCUCCCACCUCGACGCUACAAAGGGAGUGAGGCAUGGAUGUGGAUGUUGUAAUUGUGAUACAAAGUCAUUGUGAUACUCUGUCCAUUUUGUGAUGUUUUGAUUGAUAUUGUAUUGUGCAGGUGGAUCUGAAAGACAGGUCUAAUAAAGUACCUACUUUUUAAUAAAGUGGAUUUAUUCAA